CACGCCAUUCUCUUUUUUCAUCCCCUCUCCCACUUCUUCUUCCACUCUACUCAAGAUCCUUUCGAAUUUCCAAGAGAUUGUUGAAGAAUCGAGACUUUUAUUCAUUCCUACCGAUUGUUUCGUCCAAGAAAGAUGGUCCAUCAGUAUUAUGCCCCGAUGCGAAAUCGUUACUCCAGCAUUAGAGACCAUCCAGUUGAGCGCUAUCGAGACUACGAGUGGGAUGGGAAGCUUUUCCUUAUGUCCUACGUCACCGAGUUUUAUGAUAAGUGGAUGAACGCUUACGCGUAUGGGGGAGCCACCCAUCACGAGGGAAUCCAAAAGCUCAUCCACACUUUACCACCGCCUUGGGACGAGUGGACCGCUCAGGCAUCCCGGUCUUUCAUAUGGUAUAGGCCGCCCGAAUACACCGCACGGGGUGAUUUGGUUGGCCUUAUAGAGGUGCUACUUCCGGCUAUGACAGCUGCUUUUGACGGACCGCCACGUGCUCCACCUCCACAUAUCUAUCCGCCGAUACAAGCCCGCAUGCGGAGGAAUCGCGGCUACAGGUGGCCAUAUGUCUCCCGUAUUCCUAAAAGAAUGAGACUCGGGAUGCGUGUUUCAGCCCCUCUAAGAAUCGACAGAGAGGUCGAUGGGAUGCUCGGGAUGACCCCUCCACCCGUGGGUGCCGAGGAGGAAGGUGAGGAGGAGGACCCAAAUGAGGAAGGUGUUGGAGAAACCGAAGAGAAACAGGAUGAGGGUGGACAGGAUUAG